AUGUGCACCGCCGCCUCCCAUAUCUCCAGCCUCUUGGAGAAGAUGACCUCCAGUGACAAAGACUUCAGGUUUAUGGCCACAAGCGAUCUGAUGACAGAGCUGCAGAAAGACUCCAUUCAGCUGGACGAGGACACUGAGCGCAAGGUGGUCAAAAUGCUGCUGCGACUUCUGGAGGACAAAAACGAGGAGGUGCAGAACCUGGCUGUAAAGUGCCUGGGCCCUCUGGUGGGCAAAGUGAAAGAGUACCAGGUGGAGGCCAUCGUGGAUACCCUCUGUGCCAACAUGCGGUCAGACAAGGAGCAGCUCCGGGAUGUUGCAGGCAUCGGCCUGAAGACGGUGCUCUCGGGGCUCCCUGCUGCAGACACAGGCUCAGGUCUGGCUGCCACCGUGUGCAGGAAGAUCACGGGCCAGCUCACCAGUGCCAUAGCUCAGCAGGAGGACGUGGCUGUGCAGCUGGAAGCCCUGGACAUCCUCUCUGACAUGUUGAGCAGGCUAGGUGCCCCCUUGAGCGCCUUCCACGCCAGCCUCCUGCACUGCCUACUGCCCCAGCUGAGCAGUCCGCGUCUGGCCGUUCGCAAGCGUGCUGUCGGGGCACUGGGCCACCUGUCAGCUGCCUGCAGCACCGACCUCUUCGUGGAGCUCGCCGACCACCUCCUAGACCAGCUGCCUGGCCUCCGUGAGCCUGCCAGCCCUGCCACCAUUCGCACCCUGAUCCAGUGUCUGGGAGGAGUGGGCCGCCAGGCAGGACACCGCCUGGGUGCCCACUUGGACCGCCUGGUGCCCCUGGUGCUAGAAUUCUGUCACCUGGACGACGAUGAGCUCCGUGAAUCCUGUCUGCAGGCUCUGGAGGCCUUCUUGAAGAAGUGUCCCAAAGAGAUGGGUCCUCAUGUUUCCAGUGUGACCAGUCUCUGCCUCCAGUACCUGAAACAUGACCCCAACUACAACUAUGACAGUGACGGGGACGAGGAGAAGAUGGAGACCGAGGACAGUGAUCUCAAUGAGCAAGGUAUUGACGAUGAAUAUAGCGACGACGAUGACAUGAGCUGGAAGGUGCGACGAGCGUCGGCCAAGUGCCUGGCUGCGCUGGUGGCAGCAAGGCCUGACAUGGUGGCCGACUUCCACCGUGGUCUGGCACCGGCACUCAUUCGUCGCUUCUCAGAGCGGGAGGACAAUGUCAGGGCCGAUGUGCUCCGGGCCUACAUCGUGCUGCUACGUCAGACGCGGCCCCCCAAAGUCUGGCUAGAGGCCUCGAAUGAGCUGGCCCAGUCAGGAGCCCACCUCCAGCUGCUGCGAGGACAGGUGCCCCUGGUGAUGAAGGUUCUUCAUAGGCAGCUCAAAGACCGGAGCGUGCGGGCCCGCCAGGGCUGCUUCAGCCUCCUGUCCGAGCUAGCUGAAGUCCUCCCCGGCUGCCUGGCCGAGUACAUGCCUGCACUGGUAGCAGGCAUCGUCUAUUCCCUGGGGGACCGCUCCAGUUCCUCCACCAUCCGGAUGGAUGCUCUGGCUUUUCUGCAGGGGCUGCUGGCCACGGAGCCGGCCGAGGUUUUCUAUCCACACCUGCACAGCCUACUGCCCCUGCUGAUGGCUUGUGUAGCAGACCCUUUCUACAAGAUUGCAGCCGAGGCCCUGCUGGUGCUACAGGAAUUGGUGUGUAGACUGUGGCCGUUAGAUGCACCUCGGAAACUGGACCCAGAGCCAUAUGUGGGACAGAUGUUCGCUGCCACCCUGGCUCGGCUCCGUGCCACUGACCUGGAUCAGGAGGUGAAGGAGAGGGCCAUCUCCUGCAUGGGCUAUCUCGUGGGCCACCUGGGUGACCGGCUCGGAGCUGACUUGCAGCCAUCACUGUCACUUCUUCUGGAGCGUCUACGCAACGAGAUCACUCGGCUGCCAGCCGUGAGGGCACUCACCCUGGUAGCCUUGUCCCCUUUGAAACUCAACCUACAGCCCAUCGUGGCCGAGGCGUUGCCCCUUCUGGCUUCAUUCCUGCGGAAGAACCAGCGGGCCCUGCGGCUGGCCACGCUAUUUGCCCUGGAUGCCCUGGUCCAGCAUCUGGGACUCAGCCUCCCACCACCUGCUGUCCAGGCUGUGCUGGCUGAAUUGCCUGCUCUGGUUCACGAAAGUGACAUGCAUGUGGCCCAACUGGCUGUGGAUUUCCUCACCACGGUGACACAUGCCCAGCCGACCUCUCUGGCCAAAGUCAGUGGCCUGGUGCUUUCAGAGCUCCUGAAGCUGCUGCGAUCACCGCUGCUGCCAGCUGGAGUGCUGGGGGCUGCUGAGGACUUCUUGCAAGCUCUAGUAGGGACCCGGCCACCAUGUGUGGCCUAUGCAGAGCUCAUGCGACAGAUCACUGCGCCUGUCUAUGAGCAGGCCUCAGAUGGUGGGUCGGGCUUGCACAAACAAGUCUUCCACUCUCUGGCUCGCUGUGUGGCAGCGCUGGCAGCCGCCUGUCCUCAAGAGGCAGCUGGGACAGCUAACCGCUUGGUCUGUGAUGCCAAGUCCCCUGAUACCAGUACAGCUGUUAAGGUCCUGGCAUUCCUGUCACUGGCUGAAGUGGGCCAGGUGGCUGGGCCAGGUCCUCAGCGGGAACUGAAGGAGGUACUUCUGGAAGCUUUGGGGUCUCCCAGCGAGGAUGUGAGGACAGCUGCCUCUUAUGCCCUGGGUCGUGUGGGAGCUGGGAACCUGCCCCACUUCUUGCCUUUCCUGCUGGGACAGAUCAAAACUGAGCCCCGGAGACAGUAUUUGCUGUUGCAGGCCCUUCGGGAGGCCCUGGCAGCCGCCUCACCGGACAGCCUGAAGCCCUAUGCUGAAGACAUCUGGGCUCUGCUCUUCCAGCUCUGUGAGGCUGCAGAGGAGGGAACCCGGGGUGUGGUGGCCGAAUGCCUGGGGAAACUGAUCCUUGUGAAUCCACAGUUCCUGCUGCCCCGGCUGCAGAAGCAACUUGCUGCAAGCCAACCACACACCCGGAGCACUGUCAUCACAGCAGUCAAAUUCCUCAUCUCAGAUCAGCCUCAGCCUGUCGACCCCCUCCUGAAGAGUCUCAUCGGAGAGUUCAUGGAGAGUCUCCAGGACCCGGACCUGAACGUACGCCGGGCAGCUCUGGCCGUCCUCAACUCAGCCGUGCACAACAAGCCCUCGCUGAUCCGUGACCUACUGGAUCACAUCCUGCCCCGCCUCUACCAGGAGACCAAGAUCCGAAGGGAUCUCAUCCGUGAGGUGGAGAUGGGCCCCUUCAAGCACACGGUGGACGAUGGCCUGGAUGUGCGGAAGGCGGCCUUCGAGUGCAUGUUCUCGCUGCUGGAGGGCUGCCUGGACCAACUGGAUGUGUGCAAGUUCCUACAGCAUGUGGAAGAUGGGCUGAAGGACCACUACGACAUCAGGAUGCUGACAUUCAUCAUGCUUGCAAGGCUGGCUACCCUGUGUCCUGUGCCUAUACUGCAGCGGGUGGAUCGGCUCAUUGAACCACUCAGAGCCACCUGCACUGCCAAGGUGAAGGCUGGUUCUGUGAAGCAGGAGUUCGAGAAACAAGACGAACUGAAGCGCUCGGCGAUGAGGGCUGUGGCAGCCCUACUCACCAUCCCGGAAGUUGGAAAAAGCCCCAUCAUGGCUGACUUCUCCGCCCAAAUCCACUCCAACCCUGAACUUGCUGCUCUCUUCGCAAGCAUCCAGGAUUCUGCUUCGGCCCCCAGCACAGACACCAUGGAGCUCAGCUAG